GAGAGAGAGAGAGAGAGAGGAGAUAGUUGGACCCCUGCGCUCUCCAUCGAUCUGCAGAGGCGCACAGAGGAGCUUCUACCGCACGCUGGACACAAUAUCUGAGAGCUUUAGUGUUUUUUUUUUGGGGUUAUUUGGAUCAUGCUUCCGGGCAAUUUGGUAGCGGUUGUGUUUUGCCUCUGGAGUACUGAGGUCAGCAGGGCUUAUGUGUUUUUCGCCAGCCGGCCUGCAGAGGGAGGGGACAACCCGGCCCCUCACACUAAAGUCGUCUCAGAGUGGGUCAGCUCAGCAGGCUCCUGUAAGGGGAGGUGCUUCGAGUUGGACGAGGCCAAACCUCCGGGAUGCAGAUGUGACAAUCUGUGUAAAACCUACUACAGCUGCUGCACCGACUUCGACGAGCACUGCCUGAAAACAGCGGGGGGGUUUGAGUGCACGCAGGAUCGCUGUGGAGAGGAGAGGAAUGAUGAUCAUGCCUGCCACUGCUCAGAGGACUGCGUGGAGAGAGGAGACUGCUGCUCCAACUUCAAGUCACUCUGUAAAGGUGAGACUUCAUGGGUGCAAGGAGAAUGUGAGGAGAUCAAGAGCGCAGAGUGUCCUGCAGGCUUCAUCCGUCCUCCCCUCAUCAUGCUGUCUGUCGACGGGUUCAGAAACUCCUACCUGAAGAAAGGGAAAUCUGUCACCCCUAACAUCCAUAAACUCAGAUCAUGUGGUACGUCGGCGCCCUACAUGCGACCCGUCUACCCAUCAAAGACCUUCCCGAAUUUAUAUACUCUAGCAACAGGUCUUUACCCAGAGUCCCAUGGGAUUGUGGGGAACACCAUGCACGACCCGGUGUUUAACGCCACGUUCAGCCUGCGCACCAGAGAGAAGCUGAACCAUCGCUGGUGGGGAGGGCAGCCUAUCUGGAUCACAGCACAGGAACAAGGAGUGAAAGCAGCCACUUUCUUCUGGCCUUGGGUGAUUCCUUUGGAGAGGAGGAUUUUGACUAUCCUGCGCUGGCUGCAUUUACCCGAUGAUGUGAGGCCGUAUGUUUAUGCCGUCCACUCAGAGCAGCCCGACACCUUCGGACAUCGACUGGGACCGCUCAGCAGUGAGCUGGACAACCCGCUGAGGGAGAUCGAUAACAUCAUCGGGCAGCUGAUGAACGGCCUGAAACAGAUGAACCUGGAUCGCUGUGUCAAUGUCAUCGUCGUGGGAGACCACGGUAUGGAGGAGGCUCACUGUGACAGGACAGAGUUUCUCAGCAGCUACCCGCUCAACAUAGACGAAAUCACGCUGAUCCCGGGUUCGCUGGGCAGAAUACGACCCCGCGACCCCAAAUCCACCACAUAUGACCCCAAAGUUGUGGUUGCAAAUCUCACUUGUAAAAUGCCAACUCAGCACUUCAAGCCUUACCUGAAGCAGAAUUUACCCAAGAGGCUUCACUACGCCAACAACCGCAGGAUCGAGGACGUUCACCUGCUCAUGGAGAGGAAGUGGCACAUCGCCAGGAAAAUGCCUGAAAGAUUGAGGACUCGAUGUGGAUUCUUUGGUGACCACGGCUUCGACAACAAGAUAACCAGCAUGAGGACAAUCUUCAUGGGCCACGGUCCAUACUUUAAGUACCAGAAAAUGGUGCCGGAGUUUGAAAAUAUAGAAUUAUACAACGUCAUGUGUGACUUGUUAGGACUGAAGCCAGCCCCGAACAACGGCACGUACGGCAGCCUGAACGACAUGCUGAAAAACCCGCCGUUCCUUCCCAGCAUGCCAGAGGAAGUGACGGCUCCGAUACCAACGUCCAACUCUGAUGCCGCCGUGACCCACGACCUCGGCUGCAGCUGUGACGACGAGAACAAAGUGGAGCAGAUCAUCGAAGCCUUCAUUCCUGCACCGGAUGGCCUCUACAGUUACAACAGCACUCAUUUGCCGUUUGGUCGUCCAGCGAUGAUGUUUGACACUCGUUACAGUUUGCUUCAUCAUGUGGAAUUCAUCAGCGGAUACAGCAAAGAGCUGGCCAUGCCUCUGUGGACAGCAUACACACUGCCACGACAGGAUGACGUGACCCCCGUCCCGGUGCUUUCUACCAGCGCUCAGUGUAUCCGAGUGGACUCCAGAGUGUCAGCUGAUCAGAGUCAGAGCUGCAGCGCUUACAGCCAGAACAACCACCUCACCUACGGCUUCCUCUUCCCCCCAGAGUUGGCUUCGUCUCCUGAGUCCAGAUACGACGCUUCACUCAUCACCAACACCGUCCCCAUGUAUCCAGCAUUCAAGAGAGUGUGGAGCUACCUGCAGGGGACGCUGCUGAGACGCUACGCCGAAGAAAACAACGGCAUCAACGUUCUGGCCGGACCGAUCUUUGACUACAACUACGACGGCCCUCCGAGACACCACAGAGACGAUAAAAGAGUAAGACAGACCGCGGCCGACGCCCCGACCGUUCCCACUCACUUCUACACGGUGGUAACGAGCUGCCAGGAGCUGAACCAGACGGUGGAGGAGUGUGAUGGCGCGCUGAAGGUGUUUUCCUUCCUUCUUCCUCACAGACCGGACAACACGGAGACAUGCAAUAACGCCGAGGACGAGUCGCAGUGGGUGGAAGACCUGCUGAAGCUUCACACAUCCCGAGUCCGAGAUGUCGAGAUCCUGACCGGCCUGGACCUCUACCGAUCCACCAACCUCACCUACACCAGCACCCUGAGCCUCAAAACCUACUUGCACACCUUCGAGAGUGACGACUAGACGCAAAGAGAGACAGAAACACGCACGCAGGAUGUCGCCCUUUUGUAGAAGUCCUGCAUUUUCACUGCAUUCACUGAGGAACUGCCUGAGAGUGGCUUGAAAAGAGGGAACAUAUUCUUGAAAAAUUGAAAACAAUAAAUGAAUGGUUUGGAAGAUUACAACAGGAAUAUCCAAUUUUAUUCACAAAAUCUGAGGAAGAAUAAGCUAGCACAGGAAUGAUGCAGGAUGGGGGACUUUUUUUUUCUGACAGCUGCCAAAAUACAUUUCAUAAAUACAGUAUGUACAUCCUCAUGCACACGUAUGACCUUACCAGUGUUUCAGCUAUUUAACUAUACAUGAUAUGUACUUUAUAUUCCUAAUGUUCGUUCAUUGCAUGCUGUGAAUUGAAGAAAAAAAAUACUGAAUUUCGAAUUAUAUAACUCAAUUAGCA